GCGGGAACUUGUGGUGGAGGUGUGUCGGUGCAGAUCACAUCAGUAGCUCUUUUAGAGGGGUUGAUAAGCAGACUUUGCAUUUUCGGAUUAAACCAUGGACCAAAAGGAAAACGGUACAUCACAGCUCAACGGAACACACUGUGAAGGUGCGAUGAAGAAGAGGCAGGACUAUCUGGAGUGGCCUGAAUAUUUCAUGGCAGUUGCAUUCUUAUCAGCACAGAGGAGCAAAGACCCUAAUUCUCAGGUUGGUGCCUGUAUCGUGAAUCAGGAGAAUAAGAUAGUAGGCAUUGGGUACAAUGGUAUGCCCAACGGUUGUGAUGAUGACCUGUUGCCCUGGUCUCGCAUCGCUGAUAACAAGCUGGACACGAAAUACCCCUAUGUGUGCCAUGCCGAGCUGAACGCCAUCAUGAAUAAGAACUCGGCCGAUGUUAAGGGCUGCACCAUGUAUGUGGCGCUUUUUCCCUGUAAUGAGUGCGCCAAACUCAUUAUUCAAGCAGGUAUAAAGGAUGUGAUCUAUUUGUCAGACAAAUACCAUGACAGUCCAGAAAUGACUGCAUCCAGACGGCUGCUUAACUUGGCGGGAAUCGCAUACAAGCAGUUCGAGCCAAAGAGAGGCCGGAUCGUCAUAGAUUUUGGUUCAAUCAACCACUCUGGAAUGAAUGGUAUCAAUGGUUUGGGUGGACCGCAGUCAACAUAGACAGAAGAAUGGGGAGGAUGACACUAAAUAUCCAAAACACAGACAUGUUAUCUUUCUUACCUAUGCUGGUGAUGGUCUAUGGUUUUUACAGUGGCCUUCUAUAUAGACUAGUAGUGUACACUAUUGUUCUUUUAAUGUUUUAAUAAUAUUCCUGAAACAUGCAAACUUUUGUUUAGGUUUUAAAUGUAUUUCAUUUUUAUGCAUAGAAUAUGUUUAUCUCAAACACAACAAGUCAGUAAGUAUCUUGGGUGAUGUACGUUUUAAGUUUAGAUUCUUUUAGUGUUCAAGUAUUUAUAAUAAGUGAAGAUAUAAUAAGAAAGUCAAGCUGGAUGCGGUAUUAAUGAUUUAUAUAAUGUCUUUUAUCUAGACUGAACAGAUGUCAAUUAAAUGUACACAUUCAGAAAUAUAUGGUCAAAAUAUGUACCCUUUAAAAAUGCCCUACCAUUAGGUACAGAAGUAUGCAUUACCAGUAUGUACCUCUGAGAUCUGAAAUAAACUCUAGGUGAAAAGCUGUACAUUUUAAAAGGGUAACAAUGACAACUGGGGUACAUUUUCUCCGACAGUGUAGCAUGUAGAUGUCUCUUGUUAUUUUCCACUGUAUUGUUGACCACUGAAUGUUUUUCUCAUACUGUAAGUUGCAGUAAAGUUAAACUGUAUAUUUUGGCAGGCAAUGCUUUUUUGUUCCUGUUGUGUGUUUGUACUACAGUGUUUAAAAUUACCAAAGGUAUCUUUAUUCUGCAAUACAAUAGUUGAAUUAGGAUUUGAAUGAAAACUGUACUAUUUGUUUAAUGGGAGAUGUUUGCAACUGUUUUGU